GCUGUGAGAGGCCCUACUCCCCUUGGCUGGCUGGCAUCCCAGAGCAGAGGCAAAGAGAGACAGAGGCAGAGAGGGCUGAGUGUGAGAGACCGAGGGCGAAGAGAAAGUUAAAGUGUAAAGAAGACUCGGGAAAGGCUAAGAAGUGGCAGAGGAAGUUGCCUACAAGAAAAGAAUAAGGAUUAGAGAUUGUGUUUUGUGCAGCGUCGCUCCUGUAGGUAGUUUGUCAGUGGUGUAUUUUUAUCUGCAGCGAGUGUGCAAACAAUUUGUUUUUGGAGUUGACAGCCAUGGCGGAUACAGGUGUCAAGAUGGAGCAUGUAGCUCUGGCAGAAGUGCCUUCUGAUGAUGAGGAGGUUGCCCUGGUGAGUGCUGCCACCGAGCCGGCGGUAGAUGAUGAUGAUCCGGCUGAGGGGGUGGACUUGCUACUGGCUCCUGGACCUGGAGGCAAGAGUGAAGCUCAGAUGAAUGGGGUCAUGGUUCUGUCUCUUCUAGACAAGAUUAUCGGGGUGGUAGACCAGAUCCAGCAGACCCAGAAUGGCCUUGAGGCCCGCCAGGAGGCCAUGGAGAAGUCAGUGUCAACCAUCCAAGGGGAGCUGUCUAAGUUGUCCAAAAAUCAUGUCGGCACAGCCAACACCGUCAACAAAAUGCUGGACAAGGUGCGCAAGGUCAGUGUCAACGUCAAGACGGUGCGAAGCAACCUGGAGAAGCAGGCAGGUCAGAUCAAGAAGCUGGAGAACAACGAAAAUGAGCUGCUCAAGAGACGCAACUUCAAAGUCCUCAUCUACCAGGACCAAGUGAAGGCCCAAAAGACAUCCAAACACAAGACAGCAGAGACUGUGGCUGAAGCUGGAGCCGUGGAGGGCCUUGGGCAGAUACCUGAGGAGGGAGGUGAGGGACAUCCAGUCAAUCUCAAUUCAGAUGAAGAGGUGGAGAUUGAAGAGAUUAUUGAAGAGUCCCGUACCAAGCGCCUCCAACGCACCACCAAGCAGCAGGUGGACAACAUUAAGAAAGCCUUCUCCAAAGAGAAAAUGGAGAAGACCAAACUAAAGACCAAGGAGAAUUUGGAGAAGACCAAGCAGAAGACCCGUGAUAACCUUGAGAAGACAAAACAGAGAACCCGCGACAACCUGGAGAAAACAAAACACAACCUGGAGAAGAAGAUGGGCAAGAUCGGGACCCGCAUGACCCCUACCCUGGAGCGCAGGGCGAAGAUGAAGAGCUCCAAAGAUAAGAUGAAGAAGUCCCUUACCCCUGACCACACUGUGUAUGCUCGCUCCAAGUCCACUGUGUACCGCGUGCCGCCCUUUACCUUCCAUGUUAAGAAGAUCCGAGAAGGAGAGGAGGAGAUGGUGCAGAACACAGAGAUGGUGGAGGUGACAGAGGCCGAGGGCCAGCCAGCGGGAGAGGAGAACGGGCUGGGUGUGCAUGUGGAGGUGGAGGAAGGGCAGCUGGUGAAUGUAGACAGCCCAGAGAUGGAAGCUCUGUUGGAGGUGACUGAGGACUGUCAGCUGGUCAGCGUGGAGGCAGACCACCCAAAAGCGAAGGCCCAAAGCGAAUAGAGAGUCUCACCUCAGCAGAUAUAAAAAAGAAUGAAGAGGGAAACAGAGUCAUGAUGAAUGAGUUUAAUCACAAGGACACAAUAUUAAUCGUAGGGACUUUCUAGAUGUGAUCACAAUCUAUUAAAUCUAAUUUCUUUUCAGUUCUGUUUUUAUUGUACCCAGAAGGGAUGCCUUUCAUAUUUGCUUCUCUUUGGCAUAGAAAUAAGAAAAAACAAAACAAAAACAAAGCUUGCUUUUGACACAUGAUGCAAGCUGCUUCUUUACUUCUGGCUGGUUAAACUAGACAUGCAGGUCUAGGGUAUUUACAGUUUGUUGUUUGUUUGAUAAAUUGAGUGGCUAUAAGAAAAUAAAAAAAGGUAUAAAUAGUCUUUGCUAUUGAGAUGUAAUGUAUAAAAUAAUAUUUGCCAUGUAUGAUAUGCACAUAAUUAUGGAAAUAGGAAGUUGCUGGCAAGAUUUAUGUUAUAAACAGAUGGUUUUAGUGAUGUA